GCCAAAUACUUUAUUGAAACAUCUUCAACAAUCCAUAUUGCAGACUUAAAAAGCAUUAUUUCAAGUGAAGAGUUUUUCACUACUCUAAAAAAAGAAGAAAAAGUUAGACCUAUUUGGAUUUUUCUUAUUGAUGAUAGACCUGAUGAAAAUCCAAAGUAUAUGAAGAAUAUUAUUCAAUACACUUAUCUUUUUUGCGCUCUCAAUCUGGAUUAUUUGACUGUUCACACUUAUACUUCAGGUUAA